AUGAAGAGUACUUCCUCUAGAUUUAGCUUUGAUAUGGUGGGAGCGGCAAAGCAGGAGAAGCUGUUGGAAGAACGCCAUAGGCAGCGAGAGCUCGAGCGUAAAAGUCCUGCUAGUAACGGUCUCGAAGACUCUAGGUUCGCUGAUUUUGAUGAAGAUGCCCUUGAUUAUGAUGCCAUGAUGGAAGACGAUGGUCUUGAGGAACAGAUUCCAGGAGUCAACGUAGAUUUUGAACUAGAAAACCCAGAGCCAGGGGCAGGCGGUCUAGAAUGUGAAUUGGAUCCGGACAAUGACCAGGAGCAUUUUGCAGGCUUUUUCUUUCAGCGUUCUCUUACACCAUCAUCACUCGAUACUCCGGGAAUGCCUGUCCCGCCUGAAGCAGUCAAUCAAUCCCUGCAACUGACAUCCGAGGAUAGGGUGUCAGGCUCGAGUAUCGAUUACACCCCUCAGCCGGCUGCAGAUGCCCGUUCGCAACUGGAAAAGGAAGACGACUUUUAUUAUGACGAUGGCCUGGUCGGGUUGGAAAGCGAGCUGUCUGAGGAUGUCGCAAAAUCAUCAGAUAAAAAUAAUCAACCCUUUGAUGAAUCCAUAUUUGACGAGGACGAUACAGACCCAUUUGGACGGCCCGUUCCUGGAGCUUUUAAACGAGCACAGUCAUUACGGCUGACUAUACAACAUGGCUCGAUGAACCGAGAGUCAGACGUAACAUCUCAUCUAUCCACGCACUCUGCCAUUUCGCUCUCGACCGCUCACACUUCCCUCGGCACCGACGCCCAGGUAGAAGGCGAGACGCUGGAUAGUCGUGCCGAGAGACUGGAGAAAGAAUGUCAUGCUCAUAAUGCUGAUCCUUUCGAGACCGGGGAAGAGUCCGUGGCUGCUUACCAGGCAGCUCUAGCUGCUGCUGCUCACAGGGCAGCAGCUACUGGCAGGUUUCAUAGGAGCUCUUCACCGCCUCCGGUUCCUUGCCAGGCUGAAGAUGCUUCCGCUUCGGACUAUCGGGACGAUGAAUACGCAAACGACAGUCACGGCGACUUUGAUGAUGACGCCGAUUUUGACGACGAUGCCAUUAUUGCCGAGGCAAAUGCUAGCGCCUUGGCCAAUGACUCGGACGGGUGGUACGGUCAAGAAUUUGGCUUCUAUUCGGCACCUCCAGGUUUCCAUUCACUUUCUCAUGCGUCGGGAUCGUCCAGUACUCUCAAUGAGUAUAAAUAUGCAAACGGUGGCUUCUUUGGCCCGGAAGGAAAGGGGGGAGUAGAUCGAAGUGCGAGCGGGAGGAUGAUAUCCCGAGAACCGAAUUUGACGCCCAUCACCGAGAGAUCUGAGUAUUCCAAUCGCAACUCUUUAAUGAGCUUAGGGUAUCCGCCUUUAAGCACAUCGACUCCCGUUGCACAGAACCCAGGACUUGCCCAGCUUGCUAUGAUGGCCGAUUGCGGUGACGAUCAGAUGACGCUUUCGGCACUUUUGCGGCUGCGAUCUAGAGCUUGGGGGGGCUCUCAGGUUAGCCUCGCCUCUAGUCGAGAAGGAUCUCCACGGUCCGAGCGAGGCGAUAAUCCCGGUGAAGCCCAACGAUGA